UUCACAAGAGCCAAGAACCGGCGCCAUCAAACACUACAAUACCUAACCUCUUCUCUACAUAACGAUGUACCACGACAGAGUUGGAUGUAGCUAGACAUAGCUGGAUGUAGCUCUGUUUGAAUUGUACUGAAUCUAUAGUUUUUAUCAUUAUAAAUAAUGAAUCCUAGUCGAGAUUUAAUUCUGAGCCUCUAUCGGAAUUUAAUCCGUGAAAGUAAAAAAUGGAGUUCGUACAACUACAGAAUGUACGCUCUGCGGAAAAUACGACACGAAUUCAAAGAGAACAAAGCAUUAGAAGAUAAAGAUAAGGUUAGGCAAUGUUACAUAGAAGGACAAGAAAUGUUGGCGAUGAUCAAGAAGCAGGUCGUACUGGGCGAUCUCUACGGCACUAGGCCCUUAGUGAUUGAAAUCAAAGGCAAACUACACAAUACAGUAAAAUAGAAUCCAAUUGCAGUUUAUUUUUAAUUUAAUAUUCCGUUCUCCAUGCUUUUAUUUACUGUUUACUUUCAAUGUUAUGAUAAAAAUUCAAGUAUUAAGGAGAUAGAAUUAUCAUGGAUGUAUAUUUUUGGAGGACAAAAAUUGAAACUGUAUUGGAUUAUUUCUUCAUAUAUAGAUACAAAAAAAAUUCAAUGGUCCCUGCAACAAAGAUAUUUCAUUCACAUCAUAAAAUCUUGAAGUAUUUUUGUAUUUAUAUAUGUUUGUACAUAUGAUUAUUAUAGACAACUUAAAUACUUUUUAAAUUGUUAAAAAAUAAAA